UACCAUGUGACUUCAAGAGCUUUAAAAAACAGGCCAACCUGUCCUGUUGAGGUUGUCGGAGUAAUCACAAGGCAGCGAGGAGUCAGAGGAGGAGGAGGAUACCUGGGCUGUCGGAGCAGCAGCAGAUACCGGCAGCCCCGCUGAACACGGCAUUCUGGGUUCAGACUCUUCACUACGGCUACGAUACGAGGAAGAAGACUUCACUCUCACUCGCCCGGCGUCCAGGUACUGACACCAUGAGCUGCAGCAGCGCUGCAGGAUCAGAGUUCUCUGAGGAAGAGCUGGAGCUCGGCGUGCUGGGUCAAGAGGAGGACGAGGGAAGUCACAGCGAGAGCUCCGCCAGCAGCCCCAGCGACCCCGAGGAAGGCCAGACCAAGAAGCGCAAUCGGCCCGUCCGCUCCAAAGCUCGAAGAAUGGCCGCCAACGUCCGCGAGCGAAAGCGCAUCAUGGACUACAACCAGGCCUUCAACGCCCUGCGUGUUACCCUGAACCACGACCUCAGCGGCAAACGGCUCUCCAAGAUCGCCACGCUACAGAGGGCCAUCAACCGCAUCUCUGCUCUCUCGGUGUUCCUGAGCUCCAACCCCCCCAGCAAGCCGUGCGCCCACCGGGAGUGCACCAGGUCGUCCGUGGGGCCGGCCGCCAUGGGGGCAUCUCGCCUGGAGCAGACCAGGGUGCCGGUUCCUCGUCUGGAGCACCAGAGCUAUGUCCCCUGGCAGUACCAGAUGCAGCCACAGCAGGGGCCUCACGUGCACAGGCUGCCCACAGAGCCUCACGUCUACAUGGAUAACACGGCGUCAUCGUGCCCCCCGUCGCCACACUACCCUUGUUACCCCACCGAGGGACAGCUUUACGCCUCGUAUGGACACUGCGGCAGCCCCCGAGACCAUCCGCCCAGCCCGCUGCGGUACCCCCAUCAGGUGGGCGAGGGGUUGGGCUACCAGCCGGGCGUGUGGGCCUCCUGCACUCAGAAAUACAUGGACACCUUUGUGGAGCCUUCUCCAGCUCUGGGGCUUCCCUGGCAGGUGAGCUACCUGCAGGAGCCGGAGCACAGCCUCUCUCUGGGCUCCGACGUACUGUAACCACGCAGCGACGUAACCACGUAACCACGUAGCGACGUCCACCACCGUGAGCCCUGAAGACUGCUGAUACCACCGGAGGACUGUUGACUGACCUCAGGGACAAAAAGGUUUUUAUGUUGUGCUGUUGAAUCAGCAUUAGUCUCAGUAUUACAGUCUGUUAUUUCAGAGCAGAGUCGGCGUAAAGCAUCACCAGAUGUGAACGACAGCGUGACGACAAUCAAGACUGCAGAACGUCGUAUACGUUUCAAAAUGUUCAAUAUAAAGAAUGUGUCGCUGCCGGAGAGAAUGUGUUCUACAGAAGCUGAAAUAUGUGACAUGAUGUGACAUUACUAAAGAUGUGAUAUGAUAAAGAACGUAAGAGCAUAAAGAGCCUUUAGACAGAUCACAUCCUGUACCAGCUACACUCUACUGGACCCAAAGUUCAACAUGUGUUCAUAUUUAUUAUUCUCUGUAUUCCAUAAAGAGUCGCGGCUGUUUGUAGAGUUGUUUGUAAAGUUGUUUGUAAAGUUGUUUGU